GGCUGCAGCUCCCGGCCCCGUGAUGCUCGCCCCUGCAGGACCUGAGCACCGAGGCCCAAGGCCCGGGCGCGCCAUGCCGCUGCCACCUCUGCGCCCGCAGGCGCUCUCCAUGCUGCUGCCCCUGCUGCUGUUAGGGGGCCUUUGGGUGGCUGCAGGCUCGCCCAGGACGGACGGGACCCCGCCACCUGCCUUCCGCACCUUCGUGGCCAGCGACUGGGGCCUCACCCACCUGGUGGUGCACGAGCAGACGGGCGAGGUGUACGUGGGCGCGGUGAACCGCAUCUACAAGCUGUCGGGGAACCUGACCCUGCUGCGGGCGCACGUGACGGGCCCCGUGGAGGACAACGAGAAGUGCUACCCGCCGCCCAGCGUGCAGUCGUGCCCGCACGGCCUGGGCAGCACGGACAACGUGAACAAGCUGCUGUUGCUGGACUAUGCCGCCAACCGCUUGCUGGCGUGUGGCAGCGCGUCGCAGGGCAUCUGCCAGUUCCUGCGCCUGGACGACCUCUUCAAGCUGGGCGAGCCUCACCACCGCAAGGAGCACUACCUGUCGAGCGUGCGCGAGGCCGGCAGCAUGGCCGGGGUGCUGAUCGCGGGGACCCCCGGCCAGGGCCAGGCCAAGCUGUUCGUGGGGACCCCCAUUGACGGCAAAUCCGAGUACUUUCCCACGCUGUCAAGCCGGCGGCUCAUGGCCAACGAGGAGGACGCGGACAUGUUCGGCUUCGUGUACCAGGAUGAGUUCGUGUCAUCGCAGCUCAAGAUCCCGUCGGACACCCUGUCCAAGUUCCCCGCCUUUGACAUCUACUACGUGUACAGCUUUCGCAGCGAGCAGUUCGUGUACUACCUCACGCUGCAGCUGGACACCCAGCUCACGUCCCCCGACGCGGCCGGCGAGCACUUCUUCACCUCCAAGAUCGUGCGCCUGUGCGUCGACGACCCCAAGUUCUACUCGUACGUCGAGUUCCCCAUCGGCUGCCAGCAGGCGGGCGUCGAGUACCGCCUGGUGCAGGACGCCUACCUGAGCCGGCCCGGCCGCGAGGACGUGCUGUUCACCGUGUUCGCCCAGGGCCAGAAGAACCGGGUCAAGCCCCCCAAGGAGUCCGCGCUCUGCCUCUUCACGCUGCGCGCCAUCAAGGAGAAGAUCAAGGAGCGCAUCCAGUCCUGCUACCGCGGGGAGGGCAAGCUGUCGCUGCCCUGGUUGCUCAACAAGGAGCUGGGCUGCAUCAACUCGCCCCUGCAGAUCGACGACGACUUCUGCGGACAGGACUUCAACCAGCCCCUGGGGGGCACGGUCACCAUCGAGGGCACGCCCCUGUUUGUGGACAAGGACGACGGACUGACCGCUGUGGCUGCCUACGACUACCGGGGCCGCACCGUGGUGUUCGCCGGGACGCGCAGCGGCCGCAUCCGCAAGAUCCUGGUGGACCUGGCGAACCAUGGUGGCCGCCCGGCCCUGGCCUACGAGAGCGUGGUGGCCCAAGAGGGCAGUCCCAUCCUGCGCGACCUGGUCCUCAGCCCCAACCGGCAGUACCUCUACGCCAUGACCGAGAAGCAGGUGACGCGGGUGCCCGUGGAGAGCUGUGUGCAGUACGCGUCCUGCGAGCUGUGCCUGGGGUCUCGGGACCCCCACUGCGGCUGGUGUGUCCUGCACAGCGUCUGCUCGAGGCAGGACGCGUGUGAGCGGGCGGACGAGCCCCAGCGCUUCGCCUCCGACCUGCUGCAGUGCGUGCAGCUGACCGUGCAGCCGCGCAACGUGUCUGUCACCGUGUCCCAGGUGCCGCUCUUGCUGCAGGCUUGGAACGUCCCCGACCUCUCGGCCGGUGUCAACUGCUCCUUUGAGGACUUCACGGAGUCCGAGGGCAUCCUGGACGAUGGCCGCAUCCACUGCCGCUCGCCCUCCGCCAGGGAGGUGGCGCCCAUCACGCGGGGCCAGGGGGACCAGCGGGUGGUGAAGCUGUACCUCAAGUCCAAGGAGACGGGGAAGAAGUUCGCGUCCGUGGACUUUGUCUUCUACAACUGCAGCGUCCACCAGUCCUGUCUGUCCUGUGUCAACGGCUCCUUCCCCUGCCACUGGUGCAAAUACCGCCACGUCUGCACGCACAACGCCGCCGAUUGCGCCUUUCUGGAAGGCCGCGUCAAUGUGUCUGAGGACUGCCCGCAGAUCCUGCCCUCCACCCAGAUCUACGUGCCCGUGGGCGUGGUGAAGCCCAUCACCCUGGCGGCUCGGAACCUGCCCCAGCCCCAGUCGGGCCAGCGGGGCUACGAGUGCCUUUUCCACAUCCCGGGCAGCCCGGCCCGCGUCACCGCCCUGCGCUUCAACAGCUCCAGCCUGCAGUGCCAGAACUCCUCGUACUCCUACGAGGGCAACGACAUCAGCGACCUGCCUGUGAACCUGUCUGUCGUGUGGAAUGGCAACUUUGUCAUCGACAACCCCCAGAACAUCCAGGCCCACCUCUACAAGUGCCCGGCGCUGCGCGAGAGCUGCGGCCUCUGCCUCAAGGCCGACCCGCGCUUCGAGUGUGGCUGGUGCGUGGCCGAGCGCCGCUGCUCCCUGCGACACCACUGCCCCGCCGAUGCGCCCUCGGCCUGGAUGCACGCGCGCCACGGAAGCAGCCGCUGCGCGGACCCCAAGAUCCUCAAGCUGUCCCCAGAGACGGGCCCCAGGCAGGGAGGGACGCGCCUCACCAUCACCGGCGAGAACCUGGGCCUCCGCUUUGAGGACGUGCGGCUGGGCGUGCGCGUGGGCAAGGUGCUGUGCAGCCCGGUGGAGAGCGAGUACAUCAGCGCCGAGCAGAUCGUCUGUGAGAUCGGGGACGCCAGCACGGUGCGCGCCCACGACGCCCUGGUGGAGGUGUGCGUGAGGGACUGCUCCCCCCACUACCGGGCCCUGUCGCCCAAGCGCUUCACCUUCGUGACACCAACCUUCUACCGCGUGAGUCCCUCCCGCGGGCCUCUGUCAGGGGGCACCUGGAUUGGCAUCGAGGGGAGCCACCUGAACGCGGGCAGUGAUGUUGCAGUAUCCAUCGGUGGCCGGCCCUGUUCCUUCUCCUGGAGAAACUCUCGCGAGAUCCGUUGCCUGACGCCCCCCGGGCAGAGCCCUGGCAGUGCCCCCGUGGUCAUCAACAUCAACCGCGCCCAGCUGGCCAACCCCGACGUGAAGUACAAUUACACCGAGGACCCCACCAUCCUGAAGAUCGAUCCUGCGUGGAGCAUCAACAGUGGUGGGACUCUCCUGACCGUCACGGGCACCAAUCUGGCCACGGUCCGGGAACCCCGUAUCCGGGCCAAGUAUGGAGGUGUCGAGAGGGAGAAUAGCUGCAUGGUGUACAAUGACACUACCAUGGUGUGCCGGGCGCCGUCCGUGGACAACCCCACGCGCAGCCCCCCGGAGCUGGGGGAGCGGCCGGACGAGCUGGGCUUCGUCAUGGACAACGUGCGCGCGCUGCUGGUGCUCAACUCGUCCACCUUCGUCUACUACCCGGACCCCGUGCUGGAGCCGCUCAGCCCCACGGGCCUCCUGGAGCUGAAGCCGAGCUCCCCGCUCAUCCUCAAGGGCCGGAACCUGCUGCCCCCCGCGCCCGGCAACUCCCGGCUCAACUACACGGUGCUCAUCGGCUCCACGCCCUGCGUCCUCACCGUGUCCGAGACGCAGCUGCUCUGCGAGUCGCCCAACCUCACAGGCCAGCACAAGGUCACGGUGCGGGCCGGCGGCUUCGAGUUCUCCCCCGGGAUGCUGCAGGUGUACUCGGACAGCCUGCUGACGCUGCCCGCCAUCGUGGGCAUCGGCGGGGGCGGGGGCCUGCUGCUGCUGGUCAUCGUGGCCGUGCUCAUCGCCUACAAGCGCAAGUCCCGCGACGCCGACCGCACCCUCAAGCGGCUGCAGCUGCAGAUGGACAACCUGGAGUCCCGCUGGCCCCAGCCGGCCUGGCCCGGUGAGGGACAGAGUCCUGCCUGCAUUGGGGCAGGGGACACUGAGGCGUGGGAGGGCAUCAGGGGCUUGGGUGAGUGGCCCCUGACUCCGCGCCUGGCCACAGCCUUCGCAGAGCUGCAGACGGACAUCCACGAGCUGACCAACGACCUGGACGGCGCGGGCAUCCCGUUCCUCGACUACCGCACCUACGCCAUGCGGGUGCUCUUCCCGGGCAUCGAGGACCACCCUGUGCUCAAGGAGAUGGAGGUGCAGGCCAACGUGGAGAAGUCUCUGACGCUGUUCGGGCAGCUGCUGACCAAGAAGCACUUCCUGCUGACCUUCAUCCGCACCCUGGAGGCCCAGCGCAGCUUCUCCAUGCGCGACCGCGGGAACGUGGCCUCGCUCAUCAUGACGGCCCUGCAGGGCGAGAUGGAGUACGCUACAGGCGUGCUCAAGCAGCUGCUGUCUGACCUCAUCGAGAAGAACCUGGAGAGCAAGAACCACCCCAAGCUGCUGCUGCGCCGGACCGAGUCGGUGGCGGAGAAGAUGCUGACCAACUGGUUCACCUUCCUCUUGUACAAGUUCCUCAAGGAGUGCGCGGGGGAGCCCCUGUUCAUGCUGUACUGCGCCAUCAAGCAGCAGAUGGAGAAGGGCCCCAUCGACGCCAUCACGGGCGAGGCGCGCUACUCCCUGAGCGAGGACAAGCUCAUCCGCCAGCAGAUCGACUACAAGACCCUGACCCUGAACUGCGUGAACCCCGAGAACGAGAACGCGCCCGAGGUGCCCGUGAAGGGGCUCAACUGUGACACGGUGACGCAGGUCAAGGAGAAGCUGCUAGACGCCGUGUACAAGGGGGUGCCCUACUCCCAGCGGCCCAAGGCUGGGGACAUGGACCUCGAGUGGCGCCAGGGUCGCAUGGCCCGCAUCAUCCUGCAGGACGAGGACGUCACCACCAAGAUCGACAAUGACUGGAAGAGGCUGAACACGCUGGCCCACUACCAGGUGACAGACGGGUCCUCAGUGGCGCUGGUGCCCAAGCAGACCUCGGCCUACAACAUCUCCAACUCCUCCACCUUCACCAAGUCCCUCAGCAGAUACGAGAGCAUGCUGCGCACGGCCAGCAGCCCCGACAGCCUGCGCUCGCGCACGCCCAUGAUCACGCCCGACCUGGAGAGCGGCACCAAGCUGUGGCACCUGGUGAAGAACCACGACCACCUGGACCAGCGCGAGGGCGACCGGGGCAGCAAGAUGGUCUCGGAGAUCUACCUGACGCGGCUGCUGGCCACCAAGGGCACGCUGCAGAAGUUCGUGGACGACCUGUUCGAGACCAUCUUCAGCACGGCGCACCGGGGCUCGGCGCUGCCGCUGGCCAUCAAGUACAUGUUCGACUUCCUGGACGAGCAGGCGGACAAGCACCAGAUCCACGACGCCGACGUGCGCCACACCUGGANCGCCCGCAGCCUGCCCCUGCGCUUCUGGGUGAACGUGAUCAAGAACCCGCAGUUUGUGUUCGACAUCCACAAGAACAGCAUCACGGACGCCUGUCUGUCCGUCGUGGCCCAGACUUUCAUGGACUCCUGCUCCACGUCGGAGCACAAGCUGGGCAAGGACUCGCCCUCCAACAAGCUGCUCUACGCCAAGGACAUCCCCAACUACAAGAGCUGGGUGGAGAGGUACUAUGCCGACAUCGCCAAGAUGCCCGCCAUCAGUGACCAGGACAUGAGCGCGUACCUGGCGGAGCAGUCGCGGCUGCACCUGAGCCAGUUCAACAGCAUGAGCGCCCUGCACGAGAUCUACUCCUACAUCACCAAGUACAAGGACGAGAUCCUGGCGGCCCUGGAGAAGGAUGAGCAGGCGCGGCGGCAGCGGCUGCGGAGCAAGCUGGAGCAGGUGGUGGACACGAUGGCCCUGAGCAGCUGAGCCCAGCUGGUGACCACCGGCAGGAGCGGAGGAGAGGGCUCUGGCGUGGGGACCGGGGGACAGCCCUGGCCCAGCUGCGGAGCGCCAGGGCGCGGCCCCCCCCUGCUUCCUGGGGCCGCUUUCCUGGGUGUGGAAGUGACGGUGCCCACCGCGCCACCUCUGUGCCCGGGCUGCCCGCCCCGGGGCCCUGCCCAGGGACCUGGGCCACCUGGCAAGCGCUGCCCAGUGGCCUUCGUGGGAGAAUGAGGUGGCCUCUGAGUGGCCGUGGUCUGAGGCCGAGCCCUCCAGGACGAGGGGCGGCCAGCCUGGCCCACUGCGGAAGGACAGGACGGGGGCUGCCACCCGCGCGCAGAGUCUGGGGGUCCCCGGGACCUGGUGGCGGCCCGAGGAGGAGCGAGGCCCCGCGGCCUCCACGCCCAGCCGAGCCUGCUGCCCACGGCCAAGGUCAGAUUCACCGCGUGCUGUGCGCGGCCGAGCCGGAGGGCCACGUCCACCUGCCCUGCAGAGAGGCCGUCCCCUCCCAUGGAGGGGGCGCCACUCCCAGCCCCCGAGUGACUGGCGGACUAGGCGACCCCUCUCUGUCCUCAGGACCGUGCCUCUGGGAGCCACCGGGCUGGGGCUCCGGUCACAGGGCGCAUGCUCCCGUUAUUUAUUCCCCUCCAGCCCUGCUCCGGCGCCGGCUCCCGGCCACCCACAGGGUGGGCUCCCGGAGGCAGCAGGCCAUGGCCUCCGGCCUCCCUCUUCGGCCUCCAUCUGCAGCCUCCCUCUUCGGCCUCCCUCUGCGGCCUCCCUGCCCCAGCCCCCACCAAGCAGCUUCCAGUCCGGCUCUCAGCAGCACCUGGCCCCUCCGGAGCCAUCGGACACCCGGGGACCGAUUUGAUUUUGCAGCCAGAAACCCUGCUGCAUCUGUUGGGGGAGCCCCAGGGCCACCCCGCGGCCUGGGUCCCCUCAGGCCCGAGGGACUGGAGGCCGGCCGCGGCCCGCUCAUGCCCUCCGUGAGCGACGGGACGAGUUGGGUGACAGACCUGUACAUAUAUAUAUCUCUGUCUGUAUAUAUAUAUGUGGCCCCACCCGUGGGGCAGGGCCGUCCACGGAGAGGACCCCACCGGGUCCCAGGAGCAACUUGGAAGAAACGUCAGGGCGGUGGGGGAGGUGGCCCAGGUGGCCCAGGUCCCCGGGGGACAGGCCGCCCGCCACCCCGGGCCCCGGUUUGCAUGAACGUGUAGCGUGUAGUCUGCGUUGAGCUUCCCAAACUGCAAGUGUUGAACAUAGAGGUGGUUAGAGA